UGAUAACCUCUCACUUCUAGCAUCUAACGAUAGUCCGAUAUAUUCUCAGUAUCGCACUAUAAUACGUGUGACCAUAUAAUACUAUUUAAGGUUUAACCGCAACUUCGUGUGUCAUAAGGAUAUGCAUUGCUAUAAAAGCAUUCGUUUGCGACGCAUUAACAGUCUAGUGCGGGAAUUUAUUUUAUCAACUGUCAUUAUUCACUGCAAUUAGUAAAAACAGGUAAUUCGAAUCUCCACGGGGAAAGUACAACUAAUUCGACAUACCUAUGCAAUUUGAAGCACUUCUACGACGUUGUUCUAUGCUCUCUGAAGAAGGUUUAAAAUGAGCCGUAUCAUGUACUGCAGUUCCAAAUUUUAACUGAUCCAAAGAAAGAAAAACUAAACCGCAUGGAAAGCAUAUGCAUGGAUGCAGUGGAUUCUGGGCGACGCGGGGAGCGACGGCGCCACGGCGAUGGAGGAUGAGGUGCAAUAAAAGCUAGCUACGAUUGAUGCGAUCUCAGAAUUUUAAUCUGAGCUCUAGAAGAUCACUUUGCUUCUGCUUGCUUUAAAAAAGUUUUUUUCAAAAAUGAUCACAAAAUCGAUACCCGAAUGGUUUGCCAAUAGAAACAUUCUCGUCACUGGAAGUACUGGAUUUAUGGGAAAAGUUCUAGUCGCCAAAUUAUUACUAAGUUGCCCUGAUAUUGGAGAUAUCUUUUUAUUAAUUAGAAAAAAGAAAUGCUUUGACUCGCAUGCAAGGUUGCAGCUCUUACUGCAGCAAGAGCCAUUUAGAAUUCUUAGAGAACAGUACCCGGAACGUCUGAUGAAAUUGAUAGUUAUACAUAGUGAUAUAACUGUCGAAGGAAUGGCUCUAUCUAUUGCGGAUAAGGAACGCCUCAUGAAUGUUUCCGUUGUCUUUCACAUGGCCGCUAAUGUCAGGUUCGACAUGUCAUUGAAAACAGCCAUCAGGAUGAACACCAUAAGCACUGCAAACGUCGUAACGUUAGCAAAACAGCUGUCUUUACUCGAGGCGUUUAUUUACAUUUCGACAUCUUUUUGUCAAUGUGGCGAGUCAGUGUUGGAGGAACGCGCUUAUCAAACUAAAAUCUCACCAGAAAGCGUUAUUCAUAUGGUCAAUACGAUGACGGAUGAUGCUCUGGAAGCAAUGAGAUUCAAAUUAUUGGGUGAGCAACCAAACACGUAUGCCUACAGCAAGGCACUCAACGAAGAUUUCGUGUCGAGAUGUGGACUACCUGUAGGAAUCAUACGACCGUCGAUAGUGAUAGCAUCUUACAAAGAGCCUGUGCCUGGAUGGGUGGACAAUAUGAACGGCCCAACUGGAUUAAUGAUUGGCGCGGGUAAAGGAGUGAUACGAUCUAUGCUCUGCAACGCGAAUUAUAUGAGUGAUAUGAUUCCCUGCGAUAUGGCUAUAAAUGCAACGAUAGCUCUGGCCUGGCAGGUCGGGACGGAGAAAUCUACCAAUCCGAUAUUUUUAAACGCCACAGCGAAUCAAAAGAAUCCGAUUUCUUGGGGAGAUGCUUUAGAACUUGGGAAGAAACACGUAUUCGAGAACCCCUUUUCUCAACCGCUAUGGUAUCCCGGUGGAAGAAUGACUUCCUCCAAAGUUUUACAUUGGCUUGCCGUCAUAUUCUUUCAAAUUAUACCCGCCUAUCUAUUAGACAGUCUACUUAUUGUGACUGGAAAUAAACCCUUUCUGGUGCGAGUACAAAUUAGAGUAAAUGCCGGAUUAGAUUUGCUUCAAUAUUACACUAUGAAACAGUGGAUUUUUCGCAAUGACAAUCUGCGCGAUUUGCAGCAUCGAUUAUGUCCAUCUGAUAAAGAGAUAUUUUUCAUGGACACGAAAGUUAUCCAUUGGAACGAAUAUAUAUUAAAGUACAUUUUAGGUACGAGGCAAUAUUGCCUAAAGGACGAUCCUUCGACAUUGCCACGAGCGAGACGAGUCUUUACAUAUUUAUAUUUCGCUGAUUGUUUGCUAAAAUUAAUAUUUGGAAUUUUCCUUGUUUGGAUAAUGUAUACCUGGACGAUUUCCGCUAAGCCUCUCGUAGCGAUGUUAAUUCAGCCAAGUAAAUAAGUGUGUAGAGAUUUGUUUAACUCUUUACAGUAUGGAGAUUAAUUAUGUAACUUCUUUCUUAAAAUAAAAACAUAAAAGUAACAAAUUUUUGUAUGUGUGUGUGUA